AUGAAAGACAAAGAACCAAAUUCCAGCGAUCCCGUUAAGUUGACCACCUCCUCACAAGCGUGUAUUGACGAUUACUCCAUUUGGAAAAACUUGACAAGUUGGGUUCAGAAGAAACAUGGCGGACUUGUUCAUCAAGCACUCCACAUGGAAACAACCAAUAACGGAAGCAAUCGCGGAGUGAUUGCUAGCCGUCCAAUUGAUCAAGGAGAACUACUUAUUCGACUGCCAUCCUCUUGUAUUCUAAGUGGAAGGACACUGUUACAUAAACCAGACUAUGCGAAAUCUUUACGACAAAAAUCAUCUUGGAUGCAAUGUGUUUCAUCCUUCUACCUUGCGUCAUCGUCGAACGAGAAUGACAAUUGGAAACCAUACUUGGACUCUCUCCCCCAGACAUAUGAAACUCUUUUUCAAUGGUCCAAUGAGGAAAUCAAAACAUAUUUGAAAGGUACUACCUUGGGUGCCAUGGUACUAGCAGAUCGAACCGAAGAUUCCAUGAAAACUCGUUAUCAAACAGCAGUGCGACCAGUCUUGGACGAACUGAAAUUGCUAGGCCAGGAAAAACUAAGUGAAGAUGACGAAAUGAAGAUGUUUCUGAAUGCCUGCAUGUGCAUUUCCACCCGUGGAUUUCAUUAUUCGGGUGAGGGGCAUGACGAAGAAGAAUCCUACAAAGGACCCUUUUUGCUGCCCAUUAUUGAUAUGUUGAAUCACAAUCCUUCCAAAUCUUGUACCACACUACAGUAUUCGGAAGGUUGCUUUAGCAUGGUUGCCGAGCGCCCCAUAGCCCAAGGGGAAGAAAUUCUUCAUUCGUAUGGAGAUUCCUUGACAUCGGCACAACUCUUGCAAACCUUUGGAUUUGUCAUGGUUCCUCCUUUACCAUCCACUGCGGAAAUUGGCAACCAUUCCAAAAUGACACCAUGUCUGACACCAGCCUCGCUUUCGAAAUCCAAGCAUUUGAUUCCUGCCUGUCAAGCCAUGAAACAAUCUGGAAUCCCCAAGCGCCUUCAAUCCAAACUUAUUGAGCUCAACAAUCAGGCCCGAGGAGGAAUGGAAGAAGACGAGGAAGAGUCCUGGGAGGUGUCAGAUCUUCCCAUUCGGGACGAGGAUGGAAUCUUGUCCGAGGAUGUUUUGAUUGACUGCAAUCAAGAGGUGGGUAGUAAUGGUAGUAAUGAAAGCAGCAGUACUACUGAUCAGCACCAAAACGACGACGAGACUGAGCCCAACAACAACAAUAAGAAUAAUAAUCACAAGGGAUUGACCGAUGAAUUGAUCACUUGGAUGUGCUUUCAAUUCUUGCCAUCCGAAGCCUACGAAGAACUGAUAUGCGACGAUAAUGGCAAUCAUAAUAAAGUGACCACCUUGUUGGAUGCUUCCAUUCUAGAAGAUUUGUAUCUUGGUAUCCUGGUCUGCCGGUCCCUCUUGUUGGCACUGAACAAGAAACUGGACGACUAUGAUGAUGAAAAUGAAAAUGAUGAUGAGCGACAUGAGACUACCAAGCAGAAAGAACCUUGCUUGUGCGAAACUACCAAUGCGGUUGUGAAUCGACUGGAAUCCUUACUGGCCCAAGAAGUACCACCCAAGCCCCCAUCUCGUGGCAAUAGUGUCACUACUACCGGUAGUACUACUACCAUUCAAGAACGUGCCCAAUAUGGAUGGACCGUUCGUCAGGAAGAAUUGUCCAACUUGAAAGUAUUGGCCAUUCAAGUAUCCUGCAUCAUGAAGUGUUUGUACGAGGAGCUAAAGAAGGGAGGAGAAAUUGCCACAACGGAGGAGCCCAACGCAAAACGGGCCAAGAUGGAGGCGGAAUAG